AUGAGUCACAAGAAAAUAAAAAUAAAAUAAACAUGAGGUGAGAACAAAAAUGAAAACUUUAAUUUCAGUUUUGCUUCCACUCUAUCUCGGAUCUCAAAUCAUUGUUACUCUUCUUUAGCAAUAUCUUUUCUCUCUCAACCCGACCCGACCCGACCCGAGAAAUGCGGAAUCCUACGUCUGCUUUGGGUACAUGGCUUCACAACAAGAUCGUCGAACCCCUUCUCCAAAUUUUACGCAGGGGUGCUGAGCCUAAGCAAUUGGCAUUUUCAACAGCUCUGGGUUUUACCUUGGGUGUAUUCCCAAUAUGUGGGGUAACUGUUUUUUUAUGUGGAAUUGCUAUUCCUUUGUUGGGGUCACGUUGUCAUCCUGCAAGUGUGCUGCUGGCAAAUUUUGUGGCUACUCCCAUUGAAUUGAGUUUGGUGAUACCCUUCCUGCGUCUUGGUGAAGCUAUCUGUGGUGGUCCUCAAUUUCCAUUGACCUCUGAUGCUUUGAAGAAGGUUCUGACAGGCCAAGCUUCAACUGAUGUUCUACUAAGCAUUGCUCAUGCGUUGGUGGGGUGGCUGCUUGCAGCACCGUUCAUCCUGGCCCUACUUUAUGUUGUACUUUUGCCUUGUUACAAGAUUCUUGUGCAGAAAUUCAGCUCUGACCCCCUAAGCCCAAAGAAGCUAAAAGGCGAUGAAGAACUUAGGCUCAAGGCCUUGAUAGUAUAGACUAUAUGCUCGUGGAUUUGUUUAGUUGAAUUGCUAGCUCUGAUCAAGAGGUGCUCUUUUCACAAAGAACUGAUCUUUGUUCAGCGUUUUAUGUACAUGUGAAUCCCAGCGAAAACAAUGAUCUCUGUUGAACAAUUUAUGCUGCUGUGUGCUGUCUGUAUGGAGGAUGAUCGUUUCCAAUGGAUUGCUGUCGAAAGAACUAUCUAAAGUAAAACCCUUUCUUGCCCCCAUUCAAUUAUCUCCCUCCAUUUCAAAUAUGUAAAUAACCAAAAUUAUGGAGAGAGAAGGCACAUAUACAUUAUAUCAUGAAGAUGAGGCAAUGAACUCUUAGUGAAGGUUGUAUAUUGUUGACAUCACAGUUUGUUUAUUACUUCGACGGGGCUUAUUGUUAUCUUCCACUGUCCUAAAUGAAUCUGUAAUUCUAGCCAGAUUUAUCAGGCAACUGCAGCAUCAUACUAUCCAGUAUCAACUUGGUACUGUUCGUAUAUAUCUGUGAAUUAGUGAAA